AUGGUCCGAAUUACAAAGACCAUGCAGGCGAAACACCUGGAGACUAUGUCCCCAUAUAUCAAAGAGUUUCGCACAACUGCAUGUUCGACAUCGUUGCCUCUCCUGCCACAGCAUCUUUCGACCUUCCCAACCAGGUGGCCCUUCCCCCGUGGCGAUUUGUAUCAUUGGAUUUCCCUUCUGAACAGAUUUGAUGUUAUACUCGAGAGAUUCUGCAAGACGUAUAAGCUUGAUGAGGGGCCGCAGACAGUAGAGUUUGGGCGGCAGAUUCUUGCGUCAAACAAUGGCGAAGCAGGCGAUGAUUCCAAAGACAAUCCUGAACUGCUUGGGUUUGCCGAAGAUGGUGAUCGCCAACUCAUAGAGUCAAUUCUCGACUUUUCCCGCAUGCUUUUACAAAAUUGCGGCAAUCGUAGUAUCUACCAAAGUAGCUAUCAUCUCAACAGCUUGUUGAAUACCACAUCGCUUUCAUUGUUGCAGAGUACGCUUCUUUUAGGAUCAGAGUUGGCACAGAGAUAUCAAGCUGCCUUGAAACGCAUGCAUAUUCCCGUACGGCACGUCAGCAGUGCCUUACUAUUCAAUCAUUAUAACAUCAACCUGGAUAGAGUGCUACAACUAGCCGCUCCUUUCGCCAAGACCGGGCUUCCAUCAACAGAACAAGUUCAGCCAGGUACUCCCUCUACGCCUAGUACAAAAGGAAAGGAAAAAGCGUACUUUCAUACCCCACUCGCAAGCACCAAGUCUGCGGCAUCGACCGUUUAUGCUAACGACUUAGUAUCACUGGUCAAGGGAGGCAGUGGGAUCAGUGGCAGUCCGACCUCUCAAAAGAAUGGUGCUAACAGAAAUUCUUCCUCCUCUGCAGAGCCUAGUUGGGAUCAAUGGGGAGAUGUCAGAAUCACAUAUUACCCUAAGCAUGUGCCGGAUAUCGACGCAGCAAACACUACUCAACGCACGCCAAGCAACGCGUCUCCUGCUGCUCCUGUGACCCCGACACCCAUUCGGAGGUCAUCCAACCUUGGUCCUCAUGGCCAGCGCGCGAGUAGACCAGCUGCUUCUGACGAGUCCCCUUCGAACGGUCGAUCACCAAAUGUAGUCACUGAAGCUACGAACGCAUCUACGGCUAAAGUUAUUGAGAUUCCAUAUCCAACAUUAAAAUCCUCCAACUUGCACACUCUUCUCCAAGAGUACAUGCCUGACUUAUCACCCGAACUUAGAUACGAGCUUUUAUCCAAGUUACGUGUCGCAUCUGCGUUGACAACUUCUCUUGAGACCCGCCGUCAAAUGCUGUCCAUUCGUCUUUUGGCAAUCACUAAUUUGGCAUACAUUCAUUCUGAGACUGCUUUCCUCGAAAAUGUGUUGAAGCAAGACGCAGACGAGCCAAGGAGACUACAGAUCACAUACCAACUUGCGGAAAUGAUUCAUCCCCCAGCCGAUGGCGAUAUCGCGAUACCUAGACCGCUCCAAACUUUGGCUCUCUCCGCGCUCGAGGCCCUAUCAAGCCAUCAAACCAAGUUUACAGAUGUCUGCUCCGCUCUGAACACCAACAUCAACCAUGGAGUUCUUCUCUACGUGGUAAGAAAAGCUGUAGCUGGCAUGGCGAUUGAUAGCCCGGGCGAUCAUGUGAUUGAAGAGGAUGAGUGGAGAGACGCGGUGUUCUCACUGCUUCACAACUUAUCCAUGAAUCCUCGAAUUGCGGGUGAGUUAGUCGCCGCUGGUCUUGUUCCUAUAUUGGUGGAGAUAUUGGGUUUCCGUACGGACGUUGCAGAGCGGUACCACCCCACUAUCAUUCAAUUUCUCGACAACAUCAUGUACAGCGUUCGUGAUUCAUUCCAGACCCUUGUCAACGCAGAAGGCCUGGACGCAGUGUCCAACCUUAUUGUAUUCGAGGUCAACGCGGCUGCUGAAAAUGCGCGUGCUGGAAGGGGUAUCCGACCUGAGUAUCGCUCAGUCACUGUGGAUUACGAAAUCCCUUUUUACCAGCAACAGACAUUGAAGUGGCUCUUUAAAUUCAUUCAUCAUAUGAUGUCGGCCGCCGGUGCCUAUGGAGCAAAUUAUGACCGCCUACUUCGUAACCUCAUCGAUUCGUCCCAGCUUCUUGCGAGUCUUCGCGAAAUAAUUGGCAAUUCCUCCUGUUUCGGCUCCAUUGUGUGGACCAAUUCCGUUAGCAUCUUGAACGAUUUCAUCAACAAUGAGCCUACGAGCUUUGCAAUCAUUGCCGAAGCCGGCCUCAGCAAGGGGUUUUUGGAAGCUGUGACUUGUACAGAGAUCCCCACACCAUCCGAAACCAAGAAAGCGGAAGAUUCUUCUGCGACCAAUGCAGAGAUACCUGUAACCUCCAGCACACCCGCUGCGCAAUCUGAUGAUGACGAUGACGAUGACACUAGCGAUGAUGAGCCUGUUCUUCCUGCUCAGCGACCUUCGCUAGCAAAGCUUCAGCAGCCCCGUGAAGGUCGACUCGCUCAGGGGAUUCUGCCCACUUCCGAGACGAUUAAUGUCAUUCCGCAAGCUUUCGGUGCCAUUUGUUUGAACAAUGCUGGCAUGAAAAUGUUCCAAUCUUCUCGUGCGCUCGAGUCCUUUUUCGAAAUCUUCGAAAGCCCCGAACAUGUCAAAUGCAUGGAGACUAACAAAGAUCUGCCUUCCAGCCUUGGUGGCACCUUUGAUGAGCUGGUGCGGCAUCAUCCGCCGCUCAAAACUGGCAUCAUGAAUGCGAUUCUCACCAUGGUCGCACGAGUGGGGUACUUGUGCAAAACGAAGGCUGAACGCCAGAAGAUUGGUGCAAAGCUGUGGACGACGGAUUUUUCGGGGAAAUCUGUUAUUGCUGAUUGGGAUCUUUACCCAGCCAACCAGACCGCAAAGGGCAAAGGAAAGGCCAUUCAAAGUGAUGACGAUGUUGACAUGCAAGAUGUUGAUACGGCAGCUGUGACAGAGAAGAUCGAUCAAACAGCGGAAAUUACGCCAAACGCUUCACUAACUCCAUACAUCUCUGCUGUGUCGACCUUCCUUCUAGCAAUGCUCUCUAACUCCUCGGUACGAUCUGAAUUCUGUUCCAAGGGUGGCAUCGAAUAUCUUUUGGAUCUAGCCGAUUCUCCUUGCCUUAGCUAUGACUUUGGUGAAGGGUCCGCGAGUCGCAAUCUGCACAGCGCGAUUGCUCUUGUAGCAGAGCCCAAGCCACACCUGACUAUACCCUCAUUACUUCGUAGAGCUCAAGUUGCUGCCGAUGUUCUCACUCCAUUUGCUAUCCACAAGGGUGAUAAUGCUUUUUUUGCGGCGUUCGUCAAUGGAGAUGCUCGAACGGUUGCUCCAGCUGAGUUUGUUGCACAGGGAACAGCUUUUGCCAAAGCCUUUGUCAACCUUCAGUCCCUGAUUAGCACCAUUCAAGCUUGCUUUCAUGCUACCGCUUUUAACCACAGGAGCGCAAGCACCAGCUUCAAUCAGAUAAACGUUGCAGAUUACUACGUACGUCUAGUGGAAUCUUUAGGAUUGCUGUUGGGUGCGUCACUGCGCGAAGAUAUGCUUUUGGUCAAGAGGGUUCCCGAGAGCUGGAAAAAUGCAGGUAGAAUCAAGGACAGCGGUUUUGGUGAGCCAGCAGCUGGGGGAAUUGGUGACGGUGAACCGCCUUCUUUGAGCCCUGAACUCUCAAAUGUCGGAAAUAACGCCAGUGAUUCUGCAGCACCAGCACAAAAUGGAAAUAGUAUUGCAUCGCCGGAUUCCCACUCUCCCAGCAACGCGCAAACACCAAAAGCGUCGGAUCUUCCCAAAUUUGAACUGAAUAGCCCGUACUUCAAGAACUUUCAGAUUCUUCAUUAUCUGCUUGGCAAGAUGUCGCGGACUGUGUCUCCAUUCUUUCAAACACUGGGCAAAGCCUUGGUGAUUAAGCGUAGCCCUGAGGGUUACCAAAAGCAAAGCCACAGCUCUAUCGCAAAGGCCCUUGCGGAUAGCUUAUACCAGGAAUUGUCAGUUGCCGAAGCGCCGUUAACGAGAGAUAAAUUCUCCUACUGGAAUGGCGUCCUGAGUGUCUUGAAGGAAAUGUUGAUUGACGUCUCCCGACACAACGAGCGACCGGUACAGAUUGUUACUAUCGUCCUGCAGGCAUUCAAAGAAGCUGGUGGUCUCAAGGCUGUCAACAAGCUUCUCGAGAUCUUCACAGACGAAAUCCGUUUCAGUGAUAUUAACAAGCACGCUGAUAAUCUAGAGGAAACCACCGAUCAGAUGGUGAAAUUUGAUCAAGCUACCACGGGAACAAAAAACAUUCUCACCUUGUAUAGUCAGAUUGUCAGUGGCAAGAUACUGGGCGAGUCGCAACAAACCACAGCUAUGACAAGUCGCAAUGACAGAGAUCGCAUCAGAUCUGAACAUUUCUCUCCUUCGCAAUUUCUGGUUGAGAUUCGUAUGGAGGUCUUGCCUUUGAUGUAUCGCCUGUGGCAAUCCGACCUUAUUGAGAAGGGCUCGAGUCAAAUCUCAGAGAAGCUGAUCGAAGUUAUCCGUACUGUGUCCAACGCUGAUGGGGAGUCGGGUGCUAGCAAACGGUCGGAUCCACCUCAACCGUCCGUCAAAGCCACAAGAAAGCUCUUUAAAGUCGCCGAAGACCACGUCGCCUCGAUGAUUGAUCAACGCGGAAUUCCUAGAGAACUUGCAGUAGAGGCUUUGUAUCGUUGCAAUAACAAUCUAUCUUGUGCUGUGGAUUAUUGUCGAGAGAUCACUGAUGGCGAGGCUAAGCGAAACCCCAUCCCUGAGGACGACCUCGAGCCUGUAUCAGAUACCACUCCAUCUCGACCUCUUACCGGCGCCAGCUCAGACUCCGCAGCUCCUGGCAAUGAUGAUCAAUCCAUUGAAACAGACCGACAGAUGCCGGGUGUAAUUGGUGAAGGACGUGAUGGUGUUGCACAAUCGGCGACGAGCGCCGAGGCGUCGACCGCGACUGCUGAUGUCCAGCUCGUGGAAAGAAUCAAUUCGUCUCACGACGAUGCAAGCACGACCGACACGCCAAUGCCUGACAAUUCUACUGCAAAUUCACAGCUGGAUGUUGCCGCCAGCGAGGAAGCAUCCCAGGUGGCUCAAGUGACGAUUGAUGAUUUGAACGAGAUUAGAGAAAGCGUCCGAAAGGACUUGAUUGAUAAAUGUCUGGACGUCAUCAGAGCCCAUGGUGAUAUCACAUUCGAAGUCUCUGAUCUAAUCUCAAUCGUCGUCAAGACCUCUGAAGAUCCAUCUGCCCAGCGCAAAAAUGUCGGCGAGACGCUUAUAAUUGCCUUGACAUCCUUUGCAGGUGAAGACGAUUUGCGAACAGUCGGUAGCAAAAUAGCCGCGUAUGCCAAUCUCCUGGCACUCAUGUUGAGAGACAAAGAGUUUUAUUCAGAUACCAUCGAUGACUUGAAAGAAAACUUGUCUGGACUUCUGAAUUUCGUCAGACUGUCGCCAACCCAUUCUUCGGAAGAUCCAUCUCCCUGGAUACCUCAGAUUCUUCUCGUCGUUGAGAUGCUACUCAGUGAGGAUGCGCGGCCACGUAAGACCAAAUGGGCAAUGCCAAAAGAGGAUUCGGAGCAGAUCGAGAGCCCUGUGCUCGAGGCAUAUGAGCCAGCUAUAUCCCAAGACCAGAGGAAGGAAUUACUCGAUUCUAUCCUCGAUAUUCUUCCUCGAAUUGGUAAAGACGAGUCGUUAGCCCUUGCUGUACUUCGAACUUUGGUUAUCCUUACUCGCAACAGGUCAAUUGCUCAGACAAUGGGCGAGAAGAAGAACAUCCAAAGACUUUUUGUUAUGGCAAAGCAGCUCGCUGGAGCGAGCGGUUCUCGGAUCCAGGGACCUCUCAUGCUGAUUCUCAGACAUAUCAUUGAGGACGAGGCUACAAUUCGCCAAAUCAUGCGCGCUGACAUCAAAACCUUUUUUGAAACUGCUCGCCAGCAGCGUGCUGUCGACACGACGAAUUACCUUCGUGGACUCGCUCAUACUGCAAUUCGAAGUCCGGAGCUUUUCGUGGACGUUACCAAUGAAAUGGUCAAGUAUAACAGAUGGCAAUUCUCGCAGACCCCGGGCGCCGGUCCGAGUCGACACGUCUCGCUUGUCUUAAAGGAAGCGACGAAUUCUGAUACCAGCGAUAAUCCAAAUGGAGAUGGUGUCUCACCCACGCUGCAAGCAACUGAGGACCUAUCAAUUCAAGAUGUCAAGACUUCCACGGAGGCAGUUGACAGUGAGAUGCCGGACGUAGCGAAACCAUCUGUUCCUGAGAACAAACUUCCAGUGCUUGAGAACCCAGAUGGAGUUAUUCAUUUCCUACUUUGCGAACUUCUCAACUAUAAGGAUGUUGAAGACAAAGACCCUCCUACUGCUACAACUUCUGUAGCCGAUAAGCCUGCAACUUCUUCAUCUAUCAACGAAGAUGUCCCCAUGGACGGUACUUCAGCUGUUGCCGAAACCCCGGCCAAGGACUCUAAAUCCGCGAAGCCUUCAGGGAAGCAGGAAUUCAAGCCGGAAGAACAUCCAAUUUACAUCUAUCGAUGCUUCAUACUCCAGUGCCUGACGGAAUUGCUUUCAUCUUAUAACCGCACAAAACUUGAGUUCAUUAACUUCAAGCGUAGCGCUCCGCCUCAGGCCAUGACGCCCUCGAAGCCCCGAUCGAGUGUUGUCAAUUACCUACUCUCCGAUCUCAUACCAAUCGGUACUUUGGAUCACGCAGAGACCACAGUCCUGCGCAAAAAGGUGCAUACGUCUGGUUGGGCGGACUCUGUUUUGGUAGCUUUAUUGAACAAGACUGGCGAGCACAUCCUUGACAACAAGCGACAACCGUGGGAUAUUGAGGAUGAGCCUGAUUUGCUUUUUGUCCGAAAAUUCGUCCUGGAAAAUAUUCUCAAAGCUUACAAGGAAGCUAGCUCGUCUACCGAGACCUUGGAUGUUAAAUAUGCCCGUAUGCUUGCUCUUUCCGACCUGAUGGCACACGUUAUGAGCGGUAAAGAGAGUGCCGGAUCGGCAGAGAACCCUUUGGCGGCCAUGUCCCACAAGCAGCUUAAGCGCAUUAUGUUUGAAAAGGGCUACAUCACAGCACUCACGGCUUCAAUUGCCGAUAUUGACCUCAAUUUCCCUGGCGCUAAGCGAGCCAUCAAGUACAUACUCCGUCCUCUCAAAACACUAUCUAACACUGCGGUACUAUUAAGCGACCUUGGUCUUGUCACAAAUACCUCAGGUCAAACCGAAGAAGAUGAAAUCGAGUCCGCCACUUCGGUCUCUGACGGUGAUGACCGCGAAGAAACUCCAGAUCUGUUCCGCAAUUCUGCUUUGGGAAUAUUUGAGCCUGGUAGAGAUGAGGAUUCUUCUUCUGCUUCGGAUGACGACGACGAUGAAGAGAUGUACCAGGGCGAAUAUGAUGAAGAAAUGGAUUACGAGGAAGAAGAAAUAGAUGCUGAAGACAACAUCAGCGAUGAAGAUGAAGAGAUUGAGGGCAUGGGUCCGAUUGAAGGCCUCUCUGGUGAUAAUGUCGCCGUUGAAGUCAUCAUGGAGGACGAGGAUGACGAGGACGAUGAGGAUGAUGACGAGGGCUCUAGCGAUGAGGACGAGGAAGACUCAGAAGAUGAAGAGGCCCGCGCCGAAAUUCUCGACGAACUCGAAGACGGCGAGGAAAUUGACGCCGACGAUAUGGACGAUUGGGAAAGUGACAAUGAAGAUGACAAUGAUGCUGAGGAAGACUAUGAAGCUCAUGCUGCUGAACACGAUGAGCACGAUAGACAAGUUAUUGAGGACAUGCAAAGAGCUUCAGGGCAACUGGGACAUAUCGUUCGUGCUCUUGGCGGAGAAGAUGCUGUUGAAAUCAUGGAACGCAUGGAGGAGCAAAUGGAAGCUGAAGGUAUCGAUCCGGCCGAGGAAGAUGAUGAACAUAUUACGGCAGAAUAUGGAGAGGAAGGUGAUGAAGAAGAUGAUGAAGAAGAAGACGAGGAUAUGGAUGACGACGAAAUGGUAUUUGACCAAGGCUUUACAAGUGAGUCUAAACAGUGCUUUUCUGUACUCGAGCUGAUGCGUGAAGUCGAAGUGGAUGGGCCAGGCGGAGCUGGUUUUCAGUUUGAGGCAGAGCUGGAGAGACCCAUGGUCUUCGUUCCUCGGCAACGGCCAAGAGCUUUUCCCAACAUGCCCUUCUUUCCUGGAAACCCUCGCGACCCACUGGGUGGUAUGUCAAUUAUUUUAUCACCACACUCCGAGGCGGAGCUCAUCAUAUCUCAACAAGAGGCGAUGGCACGCGCGGCAGCAGUCAACAAUGAGACAGAAAAUUUCAGAACUAAUUCUACAACAGUACCAGAAUUCCGGCCAUUUAGUCGCACCCAAGGUCGGCCUGGAGCCGCUCCACCUCGGGCCGGUGGCGACGACGGGACGAAUCCCCUUCUCCAGCGAGCUUCAGCAACCAAUAGAGAGGUUUCAUCACGUCACAGCAAUCUUGGACGUUUCAUCCAGGCUAUGGGAGGAGCUGCAAUGCCACAAGAUUUGGUAGAUCUAGGAAUUGGUACCCGCCCCUUCGGUGAGGAAGCAGAAGCCUUCCACCUCCAACAAGUGAUCAGAGCUUUAACAAAUCAUCCAGGUAUUAACCGCAAUGGCCAAGCCAUACAGUUCCAUAUCACAACUGGCCCAGACGGAGAAUUUCCCAGAGACUUUCAAGCCAUGUUCGGUAUGCCCCCAAUUGGUGGACCCGGCGGCGUGAGAGCGGCUCUUAAUGGACGCCGCGAGCCAAGCGAGCCUAGCAAUGCUGCUUCAUUCACAGCCCAGACCACCAAUACCAGAUGGUUAGAGGAAGCCAAAAUGUUAUUCGGAUCACUACAUCUGGAAAAGGCAAACGAUCUUGUCAAUGCCAUUCAUGCGGUACUAAUUCCCCCUGCCAUAGAAGCUGACAAGGUCCAGAAGGCUGCCAAGGCUGAGUUCGAUCGAAAGCUGAAAGAAGAAACGGAAAAGAAAGCAGAGGAAGAACGAAUUGCACGUGAGGCUAAGGAAGCCGAGGAGAAAGCCGAGCAAGAAAAGAAACUGGCGGAGGAGCGUGAGACUGCUGAGAGAGAAGAAGCCGAAGCUCGUGCAGCACGCGGCCCAGAAGUUGAGCCGGCCGAAGACCCAGCUCCAGACACAGACGCUAUGGAUGGUGUCGAGGUUGAACAAGCGACCGCCGAAGCAACUGGUGAUCAACCUGGUGAAGACACAGCUGCUGCAGAUCGACCACGGAUUACCACCAUUAUUCGAGGUAACCCAUUUGAUAUCACUGAUCUCGGCAUUGAUGCAGAAUUCUUAGCGGAGCUACCCGAAGAAAUCCGUGAAGAAGUGAUCAUGUCUGCGGUUGCUGAACGGCGAUCACAGGCUGCUGCAACAGGAGCCCAGCCGUCUGAGAUUGACCAAGAAUUCUUAGACGCCUUGCCAGAUGAUAUCAGAGAGGAGAUUAUUCAGCAAGAACGACAAGACCGUCGACGCCGUGAGCGCGAAGAACGAAACAGACAGAACGCUGCUGCAGGAGGGCCAACCCCAGACAUGGAUCCCGCUAGCAUUCUCGCAACGCUGCCACCGGCCCUGAGAAAUCAGGUACUGAUGGAACAAGAUGACGAAAUUCUAGCCCUUCUACCAAAUGAGAUGGCAAAUCAGGCUCGUCAAGCACAACGUGACUUGCCAAGUCAAAGGGCCCAUCACACUCAUUUUAAUCGACGAACCCAUCAGCCUGCUACUGGACAAGAGGUAGAUAUCCAGAGACCGGUACGGAAGGCCACGGUGCAGAUGCUUGAUAAGUCAGGUAUUGCUACAUUGCUACGGCUUAUGUUCAUAUUCCAACAAGGGAGCCUCCGUAGUACCCUGAACUCUGUUCUUCAGAACAUAUCUAACAAUCGCCAAAACCGGAACGAGGUUCUCAGUACAAUACUCCAUAUCCUUCAAGAUGGAAGCUUCGACAUGACGGCUGUGGAGAGGAGUUUUGCUCAAUUAACCUUGAGAGCUAAACAGUCAAAGGACAAGGACCCUAAAACACCACAGCCCUUCAAAAGAACUCUGACUGGGACGAGCGUGUCUUCUGUUCUCCCAGCAAACUUUGAUGCCUCGCCGCUCAUGGUUGUCCAGCAAUGUUUGACCACUCUGGUCUACUUGAUCCAGGUCAACCUACACAUUCCUGCGUUUUUCCUCACAGAGCAUGAGCCAGGCACUGGUCUUAAACGUAGCAUUAGCAGAAAGGGAAAAGGAAAAGAUAACAAAGCUGCAAAAUACCCACUGAAUUCGCUUUUGAGUCUCUUGGAUCGACAACUCAUCAUGGACAGCUCUACCGUUAUGGAGUCUUUGUCCACACUUCUCAACAUGACAACAUCACCUCUUCAAGCUUUACAGCGUAAGCAAAAGGAGGCUUCGGAAGAUGCUAAAGCAGCAGCAGAAGUGCCCCCGCUUGUUACUGAGCCCGUCGCCCCUACGGAGACCAAUGAGCCCGUUGAAGGUGCACAAACACCAAGUGCUCAACCAGUAGAUGUUUCGAUUCCUGAGGCUUCCGAUAAUUCAAACACGGAGACACAAACUCCAGCCGCCACGACUGCCGAAGCUGACGCGCCUACGACCACUGCUGGCGCCGAUGCUUCUUCCAGUGAAGCGAAAGAUGUUGCUAAAGAGCCAGAGAAGAAGCAGCGCACUAUGGUCCCGCCUGUUAUUCCAGAGCACAACCUCAAGUUGGUCAUUAAUAUCUUUGUAGCACGCGAAUGUAGCUCCAAGACAUUCCGUGAGACGUUGUCAACUAUUAAGAAUCUCUCUGCCAUUCCCGGUGCAAAAGCGGUCUUCGGUCGUGAGCUCAUCUCAAAGGCGCAGGGACUUGGAGAAAUCAUUCUGGACGAUCUUCAGAACCUCCUUCCCCAAAUCGAGAAAGCUUUGACUGGAACCGAGAUUCAAGGUGUUGCACUGGCUAAAUUUUCUCCUGGUGGAUCCGAUCAAAAUAAGUUACUUCGCGUUCUCACUGCCCUGGACCACCUCUUCGACCCAAAACGCGACAAGAAGGAAGAUGCCGACGAUGUGGAAGGCGAAUCCUCGCAACUGUCAGAAAAGCAAGACUUGCUGUCUUCGCUCUAUGAAAAUUCAACUUUUGGGCCAAUGUGGGAGAAGCUGAGUGAAUGUCUACAAGCAAUCCGUCAACGCGAACAUCUUCUCAAUGUUGCAACUAUAUUGCUUCCUCUUAUCGAGGCCCUUAUGGUUGUUUGUAAGAAUACCACCCUCAAAGAUACUACAUCUCGCACCCAAGCCGGCAAGGAGAUGAUGUUAACAAGCCCACCUCCUGAAUCCCGCAUGGAGAGCUUGUUUUUCACUUUCACGGAGGAACAUCGCAAGAUUCUCAACGAUCUCGUUCGGCACACACCCAAACUCAUGUCUGGAACAUUCUCAUUGUUGGUCAAGAAUCCAAAGGUAUUAGAGUUCGACAACAAGCGAAACUACUUCAACAGAAGCGUACACACGAAGUCGCUCAGCCGUCAAUCAUUCCCAACACUUCAACUAUCUGUUCGUCGUGACCAAGUGUUCCAUGAUUCCUUCAAGUCACUUUACUUCCAGACGGGCGAUCAGAUGAAGUAUGGAAAACUCAGCAUUCGAUUCCAUGGCGAAGAGGGUGUUGAUGCCGGUGGUGUCACUCGAGAAUGGUUCCAAGUCCUCUCGCGACAAAUGUUUGAUCCUGGAUACGCACUCUUUAUUCCAGUCUCAUCGGACCGAACAACUUUCCAUCCUAACCAAUUGAGUAGUAUUAACGAAGAGCAUCUCAUGUUUUUCAAAUUCAUUGGACGCAUUAUCGGCAAGGCUCUUUAUGAAGGUCGUGUUCUCGACUGCCAUUUCAGCCGUGCUGUAUACAAGCGAAUCCUGGGUAAGCCUGUCUCCGUCAAGGACAUGGAAUCUCUUGACCCAGACUACUACAAGUCUCUGGUCUGGAUGCUUGAGAACGAUAUUACGGAUAUUAUCACUGAAACCUUUUCUGUUGAUAAUGAUAAAUUUGGUGUUGUCGAGACUAUUGACUUUAUCGAGAAUGGUCGCAACAUCCCUGUCACAGAAGAGAACAAGCACGAGUAUGUCCGCCUCAUGGUGGAAUGGAGACUUACUGGCUCUGUCAAGGAGCAGCUUGAUGAAUUCUUGAAAGGAUUCCACGAUAUCAUUCCUGCAGAGCUCAUUGCGAUUUUCAACGAGCAAGAGCUUGAGCUUCUUAUCUCUGGUCUACCCGAGAUCGAUGUCGACGACUGGAAGAGCAAUACUGAGUAUCAUAAUUAUUCCGCAUCCUCUCCACAAAUCCAGUGGUUCUGGCGAGCAAUCCGAUCUUAUGACAAGGAAGAGCGCGCCAAGCUCCUCCAAUUCGUCACCGGAACAAGCAAAGUCCCUCUCAACGGUUUCAAGGAGCUGGAGGGAAUGAACGGCUUCAGUCGAUUCAACAUUCAUCGUGACUAUGGAAACAAGGAUAGGCUUCCAAGUUCGCAUACUUGCUUCAAUCAACUUGACCUUCCCGAAUACGAAAGCUAUGAAACCCUCCGCCAACAGGUGCUCACUGCCAUCACAGCAGGUAGUGAGUACUUCGGAUUUGCGUAA